AUGAAUGGGAGCAAUUACCAGAAAGUCAUUUUUUUUCUCUCUGUAUCAUCUGGAUCUCGUCUUCGCCAGGAGGACUACCCUCCACGAAUCGUGGAGCACCCCUCUGACCUGAUCGUGUCUAAGGGCGAGCCGGCCACUCUCAACUGUAAAGCGGAGGGUCGUCCCACGCCCACGGUGGAGUGGUAUAAAGAUGGAGAGCGGGUGGAGACGGACAGGGACAACCCUCGAUCCCAUCGAAUGCUGCUGCCCAGCGGCUCCCUCUUCUUCCUGCGCAUCGUCCACGGACGGCGGAGCAAACCCGACGACGGCAGCUACGUGUGCGUGGCCCGUAACUACCUGGGAGAAGCCGUCAGUCACAACGCUUCUCUAGAGGUGGCAAUCCUCCGCGAUGACUUCAGGCAGAACCCUGCGGACGUUAUGGUGGCAGAAGGAGAGCCAGCGGUGUUGGAGUGCCAGCCACCCCGCGGGCACCCAGAACCUACCAUCUCCUGGAGGAAAGACGGAACCAACAUCAACGACCGGGACGAGCGCAUCACGAUCCGAAGUGGAAAAUUGAUGAUUACCAACGCCAGGAAAAGUGACGCAGGGAAAUAUGUAUGCGUGGGCACCAACAUGGUUGGAGAACGAGAGAGCGAGAUAGCUGAGUUGACCGUACUUGAGAGGCCCAGUUUUAACAAACGGCCCAGCAGCGUGGUGGUCCUCGCCGACGAGAGCGUGGAAUUCCGCUGUGAAGCGCGAGGAGACCCCUUUCCCACUCUGCGCUGGAGGAAAGAGGACGGAGAACUUCCGAAGGGCAGAUAUGAGAUUCUGGAGGACCACACUCUGAGUCUGCGGCGGGUCACCCUGGCAGACGCGGGCUCGUAUAGCUGCGUGGCAGAGAACAUGGUGGGCAAAGCGGAGGCGUCGGCCACGCUGACCGUGCACGUGCCUCCUGCUUUUGUGGUUCGGCCCAGGAACCAGGUGGUGGGUGUGGGGAGAACGGUCACCUUCCAGUGUGAGGCCAUGGGAAACCCCCAGCCGGCUAUCUUUUGGCAGAGAGAGGGUAGCCAGAACCUGCUGUUCUCCUACCAGCCCCCUCAGCCUUCCAGUCGUUUCUCGGUCUCUCAGACAGGUGAUCUGACCAUCACGUCGGUGCAGCGUUCCGAUGGGGGUUUCUACAGCUGUCAGGCUCUCAACAUUGCAGGCAGCGUUAUCACCAAAGCCCUGUUGGAAGUCACAGAUGUGGUUUCGGAUCGACCUCCGCCCGUGAUCCGACAGGGCCCGGAGAACCAGACGGUGGCAGUGGAUGGCACAGUGGUUCUUAAUUGCCAAGCAACAGGAAACCCCACCCCAACAGUGCUGUGGAGGAAGGAUGGAGUUAUAGUUUCCACCCAUGAUUCUCGCAUCUCUCAAAUGGAUAACGGCGCACUGCAGAUACGCUACGCCAAGCUUGGAGACACUGGGAUGUAUACCUGCACGGCCUCCAACCCCAGUGGAGAAGCAUCGUGGAAGGCGCAUCUGUCAGUGGAAGAGUUUGGAGUUGUGGUGCAGCCUGGCAGACCCACAGACCCUAACCUGAUCCCCAGCGCUCCCUCCAAACCCGAGGUAACCGACGUCACUCGCACCUCCGUCACGUUGUCAUGGAAGGCCAACCCCAACGGAGCCACGCCCACAUCUUACGUCAUUGAGGCCUUUAGUCACGCCUCUGGGAGUAGCUGGAUUACCCUGGCUGAUCAUGUGAAGACAGAAACAUUUGUGCUAAAAGGUCUGAAGCCUAGUGCCGUUUAUCUCUUCCUGGUGCGGGCAGCCAAUGCCUAUGGCCUCAGUGACCCCAGCCCAAUCAGUGAUGUCAUCAGAACUCAAGACACUCCACCCACCAUCCAGGGCGUGGACCAUCGGCAGAUCCAGAAAGAGUUGGGGGACGUGGUGGUCCACCUGCACAACCCUACCAUCCUGUCGUCCUCCUCUGUCAGGGUGCAGUGGACGGUGGAACAGCAGUCUCAGUACAUUCAAGGCUAUAAGGUUCUGUACCGGGCCUCCUCGGAGUCGGGGGAACCGCUCGGACCGUGGGGCGUGUUUGAGGUUCGGACCCCGGGAGAGGAUGGGGCGGUGGUCCCUCAGCUCAAGAAGGGGGUCACGUACGAAUUUAAAGUGCGACCGUUCUUUGACGAGUUCCAAGGCGCGGACAGUGAAGUGAAGGUGGCCAGGACUCUGGAAGAGGCUCCUAGCGGUGCCCCUCGAGACGUUACCGUGACGAAGAGCGACACCAAUGGGACAGCCAUCCUGGUUGCUUGGCAACCACCUCCAGAAGAGGAGCAGAAUGGAGUAGUUCAGGAAUAUAAGAUUUGGUGCCUGGGCAACGAAAGCCGUUACCACGUCAACCGUACAGUUGAUGGCUCUACUUUCUCAGUCGUUAUCCCUAGUUUGUCCCCCGGCAUCCGCUACAGCGUGGAAGUUGCCGCUAGCAACGGUGCUGGCCCUGGGGUCAAAAGUGAUGUCACAUUCUUUCAGCUGGACUCUCAGGGCCACGUCAUUGAUAACUGGGAGGACAGAGACACACUGUCUCAGCUCUCUGACGUGGUCAAGCAGCCGGCCUUUAUAGCGGGGAUAGGGGCCACGUGCUGGGUGGUCCUUAUGCUCUUCAGCAUCUGGCUAUAUCGACACCGCAAGAAGAGGAGUGGCCUAAGCAGUAGCUACGCUGGCAUCCGCAAGGUUCCAUCUUUCACCUUCACUCCGACAGUGGCCUAUCAGAGAGGAGGGGAGUCUAUCUGCAGUGCCGGAAGGCCAGGGUUGUUGAAUAUGGGAGAAACAGCCAAUCAGCCAUGGCUGGCAGAUCCCUGGCCCAAUGCUUGUGCCAAUCACAAAGACUGUAGUAUUAACUGCUGUAACGGCGGCAACGGGACCAGUGACAGCAACAUGACAACCUACAGCCGUCCAGCCGACUGCAUUGCUAACUAUAACAGUCAGCUGGAGAAUAAGCAGGGAGCUUUGCUGGGCUCGGACUCGGCCGUGUACAGCGACGUGGACCUCUCCAACAAGCUCAACGAAAUGAAGACCUUUAACAGCCCCAGUCUCUGCUACAUGGGCCCGGGGGGCGGGCCUCCCACCCCAUACGAGCCAACCCCGUACGCCACCACCCAGCUCAUCCAAUCAAACAUCAUGAGUAAGAACAGCGGGGCGGGCCCAGGGUUGGGGCCGGGCGAGAGCAUCGAUAAGCGAUGCUGGAAGCCCCCGUCGGUACCGCAGCAAAAAACGCAGGAAAUGACAUCACAGAUGCAGUACAACAUCAUGGAGCAGAACAGACUGAACAAGGACCACUACAGAGGGGUAGAGGGCAAUAUACCUCCAACCAUCCCGUAUAACCAGGCCCAGGAGCACAGCUCUGCAGGCUCCUAUCACAGCUCAGACAGAGCCAGCAACAGCACCUCUGGGAGUCAGAAUCAUAAAAAGGGAAGUCGCACACCUAAACUUUCCAAACAGAGCACAGUGAACUGGGGAGAACCUCUGCCCCCUCCCCCUGCCAACCCCCCACCCAGCCGCAGCUGUGAGGAUUACUUACAGUCAGUGGACAAGAAUUUUGAGCCUGACUCCUCGUGCCCAAUGUUGCCUUCACGGAUGUACCUCCACCAAGGGGAGGUGGAGGAGGGGGAAGAAGAAGAGGCUCUGGACAGGUGUCCCACUCCUCCUAUUCGAGGAGCAGCCUCUUCUCCCGCCGGCAUGUCCUACAGCCACCAGUCCACCGCAACCCUUACCCCCUCUCCCCAGGCAGACCUGCAGCCCGGGAUGCAGAACGGCCACGACGAGCGCAGGAGGCAUGCGGCCAGUCCUCCUCCUCCACCGCAACCUCUCUCUCCCUCCCACACCUACGGCUACAUCAACAGCCCUUUGGGGCUGGACACUGAUGGGUUGGAAGAGGCUGAUGAAGAAGAGGAGGUCGGGGACGAGACAGAUGCGGAGCUGGGACCGAGCCGUUACCAGCAGCACCAGAGCUCCCAGUACCAACAGCAGCAGCAUGCCCAGCAGCACCCACGCAGGGUGCAGCUUCGGGGCGGUUUAGAACAGACGCCCGCCUCCAGCACGGGGGACCUGGAAAGCUCCGUCACGGGUUCCAUGAUCAACGGUUGGGGCUCGGCCUCCGAGGAGGACAACGCGUCGUCCGGCCGCUCUAGCGCCGUCAGCUCCUCCGACGGCUCCUUCUUCACCGACGCCGACUUCGCCCACGCCGUAGCCACGGCGGCCGAGUACGCCGGCCUCCGAGUCGCGCGCUACCCCGGGGCAGUGCUGGAAGAGACGGGAGCCGGAGGUCAAAAAUAUCACAUCGGUCACCGCCCAAGCAGCCCUGUAUCCACAGACAGUAAUAUGAGCACCGCCGUGAUGCAAAGGCGACCACACAAGAGACACAAGCAGCACCAGUCAGCCCAGCAGAGGCAGAGAGACGAUUACACAGCCGACCCGUCCAUGCCCCUAAGCCCCUCUUCCACGGGGCUCAAGUCCCCGGGGCACGCCUCCAAGUGCGGUUACGAGGUGAGAGGAGCCACCCUGCCCAAGAUGGGCUGUGGGGAUGGGAGGGACAGGAGAGGCAGCGCGGGGGGCUACAGGACGAGAGAGGGUUCGGCGGAGCGACGGGGCGACCAGGACAGGCACCGGACCCCCCAGAGCGGAAAAGGCAGCAGCAAAACUCGCCAACACCAAGUUUCAGAGGAUAUUCCUCCAUACAGUCGCCCGUCAUUCCCUUCAGUGCAAAGUCAGAGAGACACAGUUCCCAGUUCCUCCAGCUCCAUGUCCUCUCGGGGCUCUGGGAACCGAAGGCGAGGAGAGGGGCCCCAGGGGGGGCGCAGGAACCCUUCUGAUGCAGCCCUCCCUAGCAUUGGGGCCUUUCAGAACGAGGAAGAAGAGUUAGAGCUGCUGGAGAGCUGAGGAGGAAGUC